GAAUGUGGAACGGUUCAUGUGCGUGCGUAAUCUGCGGGCCCCGUGAAGUGUUAAAAGCGUUGUUGUUGUUGUUUCGCUUUGUUUUUGCCGUUCCGGGCGGCCGGGGUGCUAAACGAGGCAUGAACAAAAACACUCGAGAACAAAUUAAGCUGUUUGCAAUGGAAUGAGCCCCCGUGAGUCCCUUCGCGGUUUUAGACUUUCAGGUGAUUUCUUCACCAGUGAAUUAGGUGUAAACACAUUGUAGCUGAAGUAUUAACGGUGUUACUUUGAAGUCGAACGGUGAACGAUAGAGUUGGUUCGUGAAAAAGAUGCCAAAAGUAGCAAGGAACAUCAGGAGCUUUCAGUUUUUUCGGUGGAUGUAAUAUGAUGCCAUUGGCGCCAGCUUCGAUGAUGGCCAUGUCCACGCAAAAACCACGGAUAGGAUUUAGCAUUGAGUCCAUCGUGGGAAGCAGGCUAACGAAAUCACCGCCGCAUUAUUCCCCGAAUAGUGACAAUUCUGAGCGACCGUUGAGUCCUCUCAGUGACAGCAGUUACCCCAAUGAGCUUUCCACGCAUUUAAAACUUCCGAUAACACCGGCGGAUAUUCAACGAACAUUAAGACUGCCAGUGAACUGCUCUCCCAGUGACUAUAGUUCGCGGAUACACCAAUUUCACCAUAGUUCCUCACCACCAAUAGAUCUGAAUCGUAGUAGUCGGCUUCCGGAGUCUCCUCAAAGCCAAGAUUUAUCGCGACUAGAUAAUAGUAAAAGUCCACCUCCUCACACACGACUGACUCCUGAGGAGGCCGUCUUCAGAAGAUCCAGAAGCCCGUCCCCACAUCAACCGCUGGGUUCUGGUCCAAUGGCAACCGGUAAAGGACCGAUCGUAGUUCCGGGCAUACCGGCCGGUUUAGUUCGACCGUUUCCGGUUGGACCGCCGCCUCCGCACCAUAUGAGCGAACUGAAGUCCAUCCCACAGUUUAUGAACAAUCAGGAAAUGCUGCAAGCUGCCCACAAUCAACACCUUCUGGCGGCCCAGUUCCAGGCAGCAGCCGCUCUGGCACACGUUCAGGCCGGCCAAGGAUUCCCGCCACCACAUCCGGGCCAUUUGCACAACCCGAACAUUCCGCGCGAUAGUUACCCGCUGUACCCGUGGCUGCUGAGCCGUCAUGGUCGUAAUGUGUUCCCGCCACGAUUUCCUGGAAGUUACCUGCUACCAUUCCGAAAGCCAAAGCGAGUGCGAACUGCCUUUUCACCGACACAGCUGCUGAAACUGGAGCACGCCUUCGAGAACAACCACUACGUGGUGGGGGCGGAGCGGAAAACUUUGGCGCAGGUUCUCAGUCUGACGGAAACACAGGUCAAAGUAUGGUUCCAGAACCGUAGGACCAAACACAAACGGAUGCAGCAGGAGGAGGAUGCCAAAUCCGGUGGGGGUGAUGGUGGUGGUGGGGGUGGUGCUGGAAGUGGAAACCGUUCCUCCAGUCCGGGUUGUGCUUACGACGACGAGGACGAGGAUGCCGAUGACGACGAACUGAUCGACAUGGAAAUGGAGGACUGCCUGAGCGAUGAAGAGCAGGAGUUGAUCCAGCGGCAGCAGCACCAGCAGCAACAACAGCACCAAAUGCAGCAACAUUUGCAGCAUCAUGCAUGAAGUUUAGCUCAAGAACGGUUGCUUCGGAUGAUCGUUCUUGAUUGAUUUCAAUUUUCAUCCGGUCAAGACGGGGAAAGGCGGAAGGAAACAGUGAUAUUAUCGGUUAUAAUCCGACUGACUAAACGUUGAUGUUCCUGAUUUCAUAUGAGCUGAGUUUCUGGGGGCUCUGUGAGAAUCUAGAUUGAAAGAUUUCAGGUGAAAUGGUCUGACGAUCUGUCAAAAUUGCAACCCCCAUUGAAGUUGCAGUUUUUAACGUGCCAAAUUAGUUUAUCGAUGUAGUGUUCAUACCUUGAAGGCACACACUGUGGGAACUGUUUCGCCAUUUAAGAUGGAGAGUGUAAUUUGUGUGCCAAACGUGGAGCAACAGAAAACCUAUUCAGGGCGGUCGAAGUGUGCAGCACUUUUAGCCCGUUUGCUAGGCAAUUUAGCUACAUCUAGAGACGAGCGAAUGUAUGUAUAGUUGAUUAUUUAUUAUUUAUUUGUCAAUUGAAAGCGAUAGAAAAUAGAACCGAUGUACCGGAGUAGUCGGGACUGCUUCGGAGUGUGUAAAUACUGCUUGUACAUACUAGGCGUAGCGUAGAUGUAAAUUAAAUUAUCCUUAUAAGAGAUACAAUACGGUAUCAAUUAGAUGAGGUGCAAGUUGUGGUUGAAUAAUUGAAAGUUAAUGGGCCGCAAUGCAGGCGCUGAGAAAUCCAAAGUGAUUUGUACAAUUGUGCAUCGGAUGGAUGUAUCGUUGUUAAUUAAAUUAAAACCCAUUUCGCGCGCAAAUAAGUAUGCAACAUGGACGCAUUCAACUCGUGAUUAUUUCUUUUUUUUUCCAUUUCGACAGU